AUGGUGGUGCUUACGUCAUGCCGAGCCUUCCUCGUGACGGCACGAAUCCCCACCAAGCUCGAGUUAACCUUCAGCUACUUGGAGAUUCAUGGUGUCAGCUGCGGCAGGCCUGCUCAGAUGGUCGUGGAGACUGACAAGCACAGCAUCUCCAUGAGGAUGGCAUCGCCCGACGACGUGAGCGAAGUGUUGGCUCACAUCGGCACCUGCCUGCGGAGGAUAUUUCCUGGCCUCUCUCCAGUGAGAAUCAUGAAAAAAGUCUCCAUGGAGCCCUCUGAACGACUGGCCAGUCUCCAGGCUCUGUGGGACAGCCAGACCGUGGCCGAGCAGGGGCCCUGCGGUGGAUUUUCUCAGAUGUACGCCUGUGUGUGUGACUGGCUUGGAUUUUCAUACAGAGAAGAAGUACAGUGGGAUGUGGAUACAAUUUAUCUGACACAGGACACCAGGGAAUUGAAUUUGCAAGACUUCAGCCAUCUUGACCACAGGGACCUGAUACCCAUCAUUGCUGCUCUGGAGUACAACCAGUGGUUCACGAAGUUGUCUUCCAAGGAUCUGAAACUGUCCACUGAUGUCUGUGAACAGAUACUGAGGGUGGUGAGUAGGUCCAAUCGGCUGGAGGAAUUGGUGUUGGAAAACGCUGGACUUAGAACAGAUUUUGCACAAAAACUGGCCAGUGCUUUAGCGCAUAAUCCCAACUCAGGACUCCACACAGUUAACCUUGCUGGCAACCCGCUGGAAGACCGAGGUGUAUCCUCUUUAAGUAUUCAAUUUGCCAAACUCCCAAAGGGAUUAAAGCAUUUAAAUUUAUCUAAAACCUCAUUGUCACCUAAAGGGGUGAAUAGCCUUUCUCAGUUCCUCAGUGCCAACCUGUUGACCGCCACCACCCUUACCCAUCUCGACCUCUCAGGGAACGUCCUCCGCGGAGAUGACCUCUCGUCCAUGUACAAUUUUUUGGCCCAGCCAAAUGCCAUUGCUCACCUGGAUUUAUCCAAUACCGAAUGUUCCCUGGACAUGGUCUGUACAGCUCUUCUCCGAGGAUGCCUUCAAUAUUUAGCUGUGCUCAACCUCUCCAGAGCUGUCUUUUCUCACCGGAAAGGAAAAGAAGUGCCCCCCUCCUUCAAGCAGUUUUUUAGUAGCUCCUUGUCUCUGAUGCAGCUGAACCUUUCUGGCACCAAACUGUCUCCUGAGCCCUUAAAAGCACUGUUGUUGGGCCUGGCUUCCAAUCAUAACUUGAAGGGGGUCUCCCUUGAUCUCAGCAACUGUGAGCUUGGCCACUGUCUGAGGUCCGCAGGUGCACAAGUGCUAGAAGGCUGCAUCGCCGAAAUCCACAAUAUCACCAGCUUAGACAUCUCCGAUAAUGGUUUGGAAUCUGACCUCUCCACCUUAAUAGUGUGGCUCAGUAAAAACAGAUCAAUACAGCACCUGGCGUUAGGCAAAAAUUUUAAUAAUAUGAAAUCCAAAAAUCUGACACCUGUGUUGGACAACUUAGUACAGAUGAUUCAAGACGAAGAAUCGCCUCUGCAGUCCCUGUCCCUGGCCGACUCGAAACUCAAGACCGAGGUCACCAUCAUCAUCAAUGCCCUGGGAAGCAACACCUCUCUGACCAAGGUGGACAUCAGCGGGAACGGAAUGGGGGACAUGGGAGCAAAGAUGCUGGCCAAGGCGCUGCAGAUCAACACCAAGCUCAGGACCGUGAUAUGGGACAAGAACAACAUCACCGCACAAGGCUUUCAGGAUAUAGCUGUUGCCAUGGAAAAGAACUACACGUUGAGAUUUAUGCCAAUUCCCAUGUAUGAUGCGUCUCAAGCCCUAAAAACAAACCCUGAGAAAACAGAAGAGGCUCUGCAAAAGAUAGAAAACUAUCUGCUCCGGAAUCACGAGACCAGGAAAUACCUUCAAGAGCAGGCCUACCGCCUGCAGCAGGGCAUUGUCACCAGCACCACGCAGCAGAUGAUUGACAGAAUAUGUGUGAAAGUACAGGACCAUCUCAACUCGUUACGAAACUGUGCGGGAGACGCCGUCCAGGAAGAUUUAAAAUCAGCAGAAAGGCUCAUGCGUGAUGCCAAGAAUUCUAAAACGUUGUUACCAAACUUAUACCAUGUUGGUGGUGCCUCUUGGGCGGGGGCCAGUGGCUCGUUAUCCGGUCCAAUUCAAGAGACCCUGGAAUCGAUGGCUGGAGAAGUCACGAGAGUCGUAGAUGAACAACUAAAGGUGCUGCUCGAGUCCAUGGUCGACGCUGCCGAGGAUCUGUGUCCCAACGUGAUGAAGAAAGCCCACAUCCGACAAGACUUGAUUCAUGCCAGCACUGAAAAGAUCUCCAUCCCACGUACCUUUGUUAAAAAUGUCCUGUUGGAGCAGUCUGGAAUUGACAUCCUUAACAAAAUUAGUGAAGUGAAGCUGACAGUGGCCUCCUUCCUGUCUGAUCGGAUUGUGGACGAGAUUCUGGAUGCGCUCUCACACUGCCAUCAUAAACUGGCUGAGCAUUUCAGCAAACAGGGCAGGACCCUUCCCCAGCCGGAGUCCUCAGAGAUUGAGCUGGCCGAGGAGAAGCCAGCCAAACGCUCCGUCCUCACGGCGGAGGAGCUCGCGGAGAUGGAUCAUUUGGAAGAUCUGGACGCUUGUAUGACUCUCUGCUGUACAAGUAUGACGCCCAAAUCCAAACGGAAGAGUAUCCAUAGCCGGAUGCUGCGGCCUGUUUCCAGGGCCUUCGGGCUGUGCUUGCAGGACUCGAGGGGAGGCCAUUCUCACAGACCGGAUGUGCACAGUGCCCCGCCUGAACAACCUGCCAUGGAGGCCGUGGCCCUUCCAGAAGCUGGGCUCUUCCCAGCCACCGCCUCUGACGUGCCCACCAGCGUCAACCCCGCACCAGGCUCUGCGGUCCUGGUCUGCGCUUCCAGCAUAGUCUCCCAAGAUGGGGAACAGAACGGCCUCAUGGGGAGAGUGGACGAAGGUGUGGAUGAAUUUUUCACCAAGAAGGUGACCAAGAUGGAUUCCAAGCGAUCAGCAAGAGGCUCCGAGUCCCAUGAGCUUGGUGAAGGAGGAGACGAAAAGAAAAAGCGAGAUUCUCGGAAGAGCGGCUUUCUCAAUUUAAUCAAAUCCCGGUCCAAAACGGAGCGGCCCCCGACGGUCCUGAUGACGGACGAGCCUUCGUCGCCCAAAGGGGCCAUCCGGAGUCCGGCCUCGGACACACCCAGGAAGGACACGAAGCCAGCGGAGCACAAUGGCAGUUCUGAGCGGCUGGAGGAGAUGAAAACACCCGACCCCGUCGAGGAAAGUCCAGGGGAAGACGUGGGGAAGGCAGACCGGAGUGACAGCAAGGGCAGCCCACAGGCCGGGCGGAGGUACGGGGUGCAGGUGAUGGGCAGCGGUCUGCUGGCGGAGAUGAAGGCCAAACAGGAGAGGAGAGCCGCCUGGGCGCAGAAGAAGCUUGGGAAUGAUGCAGCGUCUCAGGAUUCUUCCGGCCUGGGCAGCACAGAGCGGUUGGAUGCAGGUGGGGCAGUGCCUAAGCCACACCCAGGUGUUCCGGAGAACCGCUUUGGUCUGGGAACACCAGAAAAGAACGCCAAAGCGGAUCCCAAAGUGGACGCGGGUUCCAGGCCCCGGAGCUCGUCCAACACGCCCGCCAGCCCGAAGCCCCUGCCGCAGGCCCCCAAACCCAGCCUGGCGGCACGCCCCACUAUCCCGCAGAAACCAAGAACCGCCUCGCGGCCUGAGGACAUCCCGGACUCCCCAUCCAGCCCUGGCUCGUCGAAAAUUGCUCUUCUCCCACCUGUCCUGAAAAAAGUUCCUUCGGACAAGGAGAGAGAUGGGCAGAUUAGCCCCCAGCCCAGUCCCAGGACACUUUCCCAGGAAGAAAACGUUCCUGAUGUGCUCCUUCCUAUUUUCUUGUACGUUAUUCAUGCUGGUUACUUCAUUUCCUUGUUCUGUGCCUCCCUUUGGACUAGCGUGCCCAACUCAUUUCUGAAACAGUUUCAAGGAGAAGCUGGGGCCAGCAGGCCCAGGAGUAUCCAGAACAGAAGCCGUGGUCCUCCAGUAGAGACGGCCACCAAGGCGGCAAAUCUAGCGACUCUGGGGAAGAAGCGGAGAGAGAGUUUAUUUUUGUGUAAAGGUCCCCGGUGCACAAGUCUCAGUGCAGGGGUGCUUUGUUAG